AUGAGCCAAUCGUCGAGUAGUAGCACUAUGGCGCAGGGUAUCAGCACAACGCACAGACCAGUAGCGAACACGAACAACCACCACCACCAUGCUCCAAGACCUUCAGCAGCUGCUGCAUCGAGAGGUUCGCCCAUCCAACGUCCUGUGUUUCGUUCGCAAAUCCCCAUCCGAGCACGCUACGGUCCUCCGCUCCCCUCGACACCACACAAUACUCCACCUCGUUCCUUGGUCUACCACCACCCACAUGCCGUACGCCCAGCCGCACGCAUCCCCUCGUCCGAUGUACAUCCAGCAGUUGCCGUUUCCCUCGCUGAGAACAAGACUGCGGCUCUCUCUAUUGAAAGGGGGUUCAAAGUAUUCGCAGAGGGCCUCGAGUCCGAUCUGCGCGAUUUUCGUGGGCUAUGCAUCGGCCUCGUCGUUCACGAGCAGCACGAGAAGGAGAAGUGGUACUCUUUAUGCAUGAAGAUCAUGAAGGAACGCGAUAUGGCUCGACAGCGCGUGGAUGAGCUCGUGCAGGAGCGAGAAGAUAUCGGGAUCCCGACGAACGAGAUGAUGAUCGAGCGUGUACCUGGGGCGAACGGGGGCCCGAAGCGAGGGAGAGAGGAGGGUGAUGUCGAGGCGGGUAGUCAAGAGAACAAGAGCGAUGCAGGAUCGGACAAGGCCCAGCGUCCUGUUCGUUCGUUGCGCGGUCCUUCGCCAACGGUGUCUCCUCCAGGAAGCCCUUCCUACCCUGUUUACACAACCCAUCUUCCGCCCUCUCCAACGAGCCGUUCGUGUUCCUUGCCACCUAAACCUGGCAAUCCCAAGAACAUCCCACCUCCAGAUCUCUCUGUCAAAUCGACCUCUUCUGCGCCUGCAACCAUAACCACCUUCCCCGUAGACCAACCACAUGCUUAUGACAUCGCUGAACCUCCCCUCAAGCGGCGCAAGUCCUGCGACACAGCCAUCUCGCACCCCUCCUCCAGUUCCACGGCUGUAGAGACAGAGAACUGGCCUCUUCAGAACGUCAACGGCGGUAAACAGCAUACAAGAACGCCGAGGCCGCCUGUGAUGGCUAUGAAAUCUUCGUCGGUCAUCGCGCCAGGAGAGUUCUGCCAUGUCGACCUCAUGUAUCUGCAGGCCAAGGGUGCACUGACGUGUCGGGCCUGUCUUUUGAACACGAGCAAGCCGACAGCUUCUGGAAACGCCCCAGAGCCCAAAUCUUUCCCUAUGUCCGCGUCAUGGGACGAGCUACGCGACCACUGUGUCAAGGAGCAUCCUGACGCCUGCGCGGAUGUUGCGCGUCUUCACCCGGCCGAGAUCUUCGAACUACGAAAGCGUCUCAGCCUCUCAAAUUAA